GUUCAGAGGGCUGCGUUCAAGCAGGCCCGCAAGCUUCGUCAGAGUGCCAGCAUGCACGAUAAGUUCGAGAAGAGCGGCCAGGUCGACAUUGAGGGCUUCGUGACCACGAGCCGCAAGCACAAUGACGUGAAGCGCAAGGACAACUAUGAGGAAAGCGUUGCGCUGUUGGAUGCUUGCACCGACGAGCUGGGGAACAAGUUGCAGGAGGUCGAGGUGGGCGGCGACAAAGCGCUGAGGGUCACGAGGCCCAAUAGCGGAGGCAGCGAGCCGCGCCGUGGACGUGAGAUCGGAGAGGUCCACACUGGCGCGCUGUCAAAGGGCGUCGUGGCCGACGACACCACCGACGAGGAGGGCGAGGAGGAGGGCGAGGAGGGCGGCUCGUUCGGCGACGACCCCGAGGGGCAGGAUGACGAGGGCGAGGACAGCGAUGAGGUCGGCAACAAGGGCGGCGACGACAGC